UCAUAGUCGAUCACUCUGAAACUGAGACACGUCGCUCUCCGUUCGUCAUCGAUAAAGCGACAUGCUUGCUAUACGUCGAUAUAUAGAUAUAUGUAUAUACACGAAAGUAGAUGUAUGAUAAAGUGUGUGAGGAGAGUUGAGAAGGAGAGGUAGAAAGCGUUGAUGGGGGGAGGAUCAAGGAGUGCACUAGGGGCGUUGGUGCCGUCGGUGAAGCUGGAGCCGUUGACCGCGGAAGAAUCGCCGCCGGAGACGGUGGCUCAGGCUCAGCAAAUGGCGAUUCCGGCGCCGGAGAAGGAGGAGGCGGACAAGGACGUGCUGUGUCCGAUAUGCAUGCAGGUGAUAAAGGACGCGUUCCUCACCCCGUGCGGACAUAGCUUCUGCUACAUGUGUAUCAUCACUCAUCUUAAGAACAAGAGCGAUUGCCCUUGUUGCUCUCACUACCUUACUGCAAAACAGCUCUAUCCUAAUUUCGUCCUCAAUAAAUUAUUGACGAAGACUACUGCUCGUCAAAUUGCUAAAACUGCACUACCUGUGGAACAGCUUCGCCAGGCAAUAGAACAGGGAUGCGACGUGUCAGCUAAGGAACUUGAGAGCCUCUUGUCUCUUCUUUCUGAGAAGAAAAAGAAAAUGGAGCUAGAAGAAGCUGAGGCAAACAUGCAGAUCCUAUUCGAAUUUUUGCAGUGCUUAAGGAAGCAAAAACUUGAUGAGCUUCAUGAGACUCAAAAGGACCUCCAAUACAUUAAAGAGGACAUAAGGUCUGUGGAGAAAUAUAGAAUAGAGUUGUAUCGAGCAACGGGUAGAUGUUCGUCAAAAAUGAGGAUACUCGGAGAUGAGUCUUCAGCAAAAUUCCCUGCAUUGCUUGAGAAACAGAGUUACGGCACUACUACCAAUGUCCCUAAUGCACAAGGAGAAUGCAUUGCAGUCUCCAACAGUGUUCAGACCCAGAUAACAAAAGCUCCUUUUGAUUCUCAACUAAUUCAAAGAGAGAUUGCACAGAAUGGGUCAGAUUCACAACAUGCUGUAGUAAGGAGGAGGCGGGUCCAUGCGCAGUUCAGUGACCUACAAGACUGUUAUUUGCAAAAACGGAGAUAUUGGGCCAGCAAAUCUCAAAAACAGGAAGAAAGAGUGUCAAAUGGGACAAAAGAGGGAUAUAAUGCAGGACUUGCAGAUUUCCAAUCUGUUUUUUCGACUUUUACACGAUACAGUCGAUUGCAAGUAGUUGCAGAGCUUAGGCAUGCCGAUCUAUUCCACUCAGCCAAUAUAGUUUCAAGUAUAGAAUUUGACCGAGAUGAUGAACUAUUUGCUAUAGCGGGAGUAUCAAGGCGUAUCAAGGUCUUUGAAUUUGCAUCUGUGGUAAAUGAACCAGCAGCAGAUAUGCAAUGUCCUAUUGCAGAAAUGCCCACCCGAUCCAAACUUAGUUGUUUGAGCUGGAACAAGUACAAAAAAAAUUACAUAGCAAGCAGUGACUAUGAGGGCAUAGUUACUGUGUGGGAUGUGACUACUCGUCAGAGUGUCAUGGAAUAUGAGGAGCAUGAAAAACGAGCAUGGAGUGUUGACUUUUCUCGUACUGAACCGUCUAUGCUGGUUUCUGGAAGCGAUGAUUGCAAGGUCAAAGUUUGGUGCCUGAGGCAGGAAGCGAGUGUUCUAAGCAUUGACAUGAAAGCAAAUAUUUGCUCUGUCAAGUACAAUCCAGGAUCCAGUUUCCAUGUCGCAGUGGGUUCUGCUGAUCAUCACAUUUAUUAUUAUGACUUAAGAAAUAUUAGCCAGCCCCUCCAUAUUUUCACUGGGCACAGGAAAUCUGUUUCAUAUGUAAAGUUCUUGUCCAACAAUGAACUUGCUUCCGCAUCAACUGAUAGUUCAUUGCGCUUGUGGGACGUUAAGGACAAUAUUCCACUGCGCACUUUUAGAGGGCAUACAAAUGAGAAGAAUUUUGUCGGCCUUACCGUAAAUAGCGAAUACAUCGCAUGCGGUAGCGAAACAAACGAAGUUUUUGUUUAUCACAAGGCAAUAUCUAAGCCUGCGGCUUGGCACAGUUUUGGUUCUGAUACGAACGAGGCUGAUGCAGAAAUUGGAUCAUACUUCAUUAGUGCCGUUUGCUGGAAAAGCGACAGCCUGAGUAUGUUAAGUGCAAACAGCCAAGGGACUAUAAAAGUGCACGUACUCACUGCUUGAUUAAAACACUUCAAACCAAUAUUAAGGAAAUUGGUGUACAAAGAAUGGACGAAUUGCUUUUGGUUUAUGUGGAACAUAUAGGUUCUGUCAACUUGCUUUAGAUUUCCUUCACCCUUCCAUGCAUCUAUAAAUCCAUAUGAAGCAUUUCUAUUUUGCCUUUAACGCAGCGCAGCUCAUUCAAAGGUUAAAGGUGUUGAUUGGUUGUAAUGACUUUUGCAUUAUGUUUUAUGUAUAGACCUUUGAAUGGUUAAAGGUGUUGAUUUGCAGCAG